AUGACAUUUUCAUUCAUCUUCACCACUUUUCGAAUUUUCAAUACUACCCUUAUCACCCAUUACCACACCCUUAAACCCAACAAACCCGAAGCUUGGUUUGUCAAAAUCCUUUCAACGCUCUUUCUUCGCUUCACAAACUCAUAUGACGCUACAUUUUCUGCUUACGUCAGUAACCACUUAACCCCUUCACUUACAUCACAAGUUAUCAAAAAACUAAACAACCCUCAAUUAGGUUUCACUUUUUUCCAGUUCACCAAACAAAGCUUGAAACUUUCUCAUUCAUUUUGGACUUACAAUUUUCUCUUAAGGUCCCUUUGUCAACAACAUCACCACAGUUCAGCAAAACUUGUUUAUGAUUCCAUGAGGUCUGAUGGGUUGUUGCCUGAUAGUAGGUUGUUGGGAUUCUUGGUUUCGUCAUUUGCAUUUGUUCAUAGGUUUGAUGUUUCCAAGAAGUUUAUUACUGAUGCUUUGUGUAAUAAGGUUGAUGUAAAUGUUGUUGUUUACAAUAACUUUCUUAACAUUUUGGUUAAAUGUAAUAGGUUAGACGAAGCUGUUAGUUUGUUUAGGGAGUUCGUUAGAUUCGAUUUCGAUGUAGAUAUAUUCACAUUCAAUAUUUUGAUUCGAGGUUUCUGUGUUGUUGGAGAAAUCGACGAGGCUUUUAGAUUUCUGAAUAAUAUGAGAAGCUUUGGUUGUUAUCCUGAUGUUGUUAGUUAUAAUACUCUUAUACAUGGUUUAUGUAGAAUAUAUGAGGUUGAUAGAAUCACAAUCCCUUCUAGAACCAGAAUCCCUUCUAGAAUCAGAAUCCCUUCUAGAACCAGAAUCCCUUCUAACAUGGAUCCCUUCUAA